CCGUCAACCAGCCAAAUCCUGGUCCCGAUUCCAUUCUGGUUUUGGCGCGCUUACAAAGUGGAAGCCAGGGAAGAUCUCCCCGGAGGCGCGCGCUAACUGGAGCAAGCGUAUCAAUUCGUCGAACGGUUGGUGGGCUCCUUCCGAGCGUCCUCGUCCGUGAUCGUCUCUUACUCCUGGUCGGUCGCGGCUGGCGGCGUCCAGAUCGGGAGAAAUCCGGUCGUGAUCUCCCCGGAGGGUGGCGUCCGGAAGCGGAGCUCGCCCGUUGCCGGAUUUGGCUGGCCGAAGCCGUCGUAGGGAAGAGAUCUCACCAAUCCCUCCCCUCUGCUGCGGGCCUGAAACAGAGGGAGAGAUCUCCCCGUUCACGACCUGGUCACCGGCCGCCCCUCCGCCUUCUUCUUCGACCUCACCAGCGUCGCCACCCACACGCGGCCGCCCGCGGCUUUGUAUUCUUCUAGGGGUCCGCCGCCGUCCCGUUCCACCUGCAUCGCCGGCCGCCCGCGGCCUCCGAGCAGAGGUCUUUCCGGCACCCGCGGACUCUUCCGGAGCUGAGAACUUUCCGCUGAGGUGGCAAGAAUGUUCGCGUGGCGGUAUAUUAUUGGUCCAGUGCACUGCUGAGCUGGGACGCCUGGUGUAGGAUAUAGGUGGCCCAAGGUUCAAUCCUGCUGGGAUAACUUACGCCGCAGGCCCAAAUAACAUCAACACAACCACGCGGCUCUUUCAAAUCUCGGACGUCAAUGUUAGCCCCUUCAGACGGGCGAUAUCAUCGAACGGCCAUUAUUUUCCCAUCUGAAACCCCAUGCGUAACGACUAAUCAAGCCCUGGGGGAAUCGUCGAAUCGAGAAAGAAAGACCCUCGUUGUUCCGAGGAGCAGAGUAAGACUUCUAAUCGGUUCGGUGGUCGCGAACUUAAUAAGAAAGAUCCAGAGCUAGGGUAGUUGCCGCUCCAUCGCCCCAUUUCGAGCCCAAUCUUGUCCUCCGAUCUUCCAUUUCCACGAUUUAAAAGCGAGCCGGAUAGAGGAGAAAAACCCUAGCCAAAGUCCAUUAUCUAGAUUCCGUAUCGCUAGCUCGGUUCCCAAAUCCUUGGAACCCUCGCAGAUCCUCGGAUCUCUCGUUUUGCAAGAAGAGAUCGAGCAAGGAUGACGGAGCCCUCCAAAGUCAUUCACAUCCGAAAUGUUGGGCAUGAAAUUUCUGAGAAUGACCUUCUUCAGUUAGUGCAGCCAUUUGGCCCUGUCAGUAAGCUUGUGAUAUUACGGGCUAAAAAUCAGGCUCUUAUCCAGAUGCAUGAUUUGCCUUCCGCUGUUAAUGUCCUGCAGUACUACACAAAUGUUCAACCAAGUGUCAGGGGAAGGAAUGUUUACAUCCAAUUUUCUUCGCAUCAGGAACUGACAACAGCAGACCAGACCUCUCAAGGACGGAAGAGUGAUCAGGAUUCACAACCCAACCGAAUCCUCUUAGUUACAAUUCAUCACAUGCUCUAUCCUAUAACAGUGGAAGUUCUGCAUCAAGUGUUUUCUCCUCAUGGAUUUGUGGAGAAGAUCGUCACAUUUCAGAAGUCAGCUGGUUUUCAAGCCCUUAUCCAGUAUCAAUCACGCCAGAGUGCUAUGCAAGCAAGAAGUACACUGCAAGGCCGCAACAUAUAUGAUGGUUGUUGUCAGCUAGAUAUACAGUUUUCCAAUCUCAAUGAGUUACAAGUUAACUACAACAACGAGCGGUCUAGAGAUUUCACAAAUCCAUCUUUACCUACCGAACAGAGAGGUAGAUCAUCGCAACCUGGGUAUGGUGAUGCAGGAGGUUUGUACGCACUUCAACCUGGAGCCAGAGUUGCAUUUGCACAGAUGAGCAAUGCUGCGGCAAUUGCAGCUGCAUUUGGUGGCGGUUUGCCUCCUGGAAUAAGUGGUACUAAUGACAGGUGCACAAUCUUGGUCACUAAUUUGAAUCCUGAUAAAAUUGACGAGGAUAAGCUUUUUAAUCUGUUUUCAAUAUAUGGCAACAUCAUAAGAAUCAAGCUACUCCGCAAUAAACCAGAUCAUGCACUUGUUCAGAUGGGGGAUGGGUUUCAGGCUGAAUUGGCUGUACAUUUCUUGAAGGGUGCAAUGUUGUUUGGGAAGAGAAUGGAGGUGAACUUCUCGAAGUAUCCAAACAUCACGCCAGCCCCCGACACCCACGAAUAUGCUGGGUCCAGCCUUAAUCGCUUCAACAAUAAUGCAGUUAAAAACUACCGAUAUUGCUGUGUUCCAACCAAAAUGAUCCAUGUGUCAGCUCUCCCUCAGGACAUCACAGAGGAUGAAAUUGUGACUCACCUGGAGGAGCAUGGCCCAAUUGUAAACAGCAAGCUUUUUGAGGUCAAUGGGAAGAAGCAAGCCCUGGUUCUGUUUGAGAACGAGGAACAGGCUACUGAGGCUCUGGUAUGCAAGCAUGCAAGCACCGUUGACCGGUCGGUCAUUCGUAUUUCCUUCUCCCAGCUUCAGAGUAUUUAGAUUGACCUUUGGAUGGUGGGAGAUAAUGGCUUCUAUGAUAGUACGGAAUGACCAUGGCAACUAUGGACAUGUAUGUCUCGGUUCUAGCCAUCUUUGGCAGCAGAGGUGGUGAUCGGCUUCCUUCGUCUAAAAGUUCCUUUUCGUAGUUAAUUUUGCAGUGGUGGAGCUCAUAUAUGGAUAUAUUAGUAGUGGCAUGUGUCCUUUAUCAUGGUUGCUUGUCCUCGACGCAGCCUUUCAAGUUCUUGUCAUUUUUUUUUUGUCUUGUAUAAAGCUCAUUUGCGAACUAAUCAUGAAAACAUGUUGGUCAAGUGUAAGCGUUGAGUAAUGAAGGGAUGUUGGUUUUUCGAGUA